AUGGCCAUCCCGGAGACUUCCCUCGCCACCAUCCGUGAAGUUCUUUCACAUUUCGUUUCUGAAGUUACAGGCGGCUACAAGAUUGAUGAAAAGGCUCUUACCUUGACACCUAUCGCCAAGCUUCGAGCAGCAGUUGUCUCAGAGUUACAGCAGUCCAGCCUCAAAGAUCACUUGGACUAUCUGAACUCAAAGGAUCAGUUCACCAUGGCGUGUUAUGUAGCAGCUGACUUUACAUCAUCCCACCCUCUCGAGUACCAAGUCAUGGUUGCUCAGCUUACUAUCUUCUUCUUCCACGCCGAAGAUAUCCUUGAAGAGAAGCCUGAUGUCCUUCGCCAACUACAGCUCAACGUAGCCACUGGUCAGCCAUGCGGUGAUCCAGUCCUUGACUGGUACGCCCGUGAGCUCACACCCCGUCUAUGGAAGCACUUUGACCCCCUUGUUGCCAAUAUGAUUGCCAUUGCCUGCUAUGACUUCAUCAACGGCAUUGGAAUCGAGUCCUUGACCAAGGAUGUUGAAAUCCAGCCCCAGGCAGUGGCCUUCCCUGAUUGGCUACGCUUCAAAACGGGGCUUUCCCCAAUGUAUGCGUUGUUGGCUCUAGCACGACCCUCAGAUCCGAGAUUGCCUACUGGUGGACUAGACAAGUACGUCCAGGUCAUCCCUGAUGUUAUCGUCUUUACCAACAUUGUCAACGAUGUUAUCUCCUUCUAUAAAGAGCUCCUGGCUGGCGAGAAGGGCAACUACAUUGAUAUGCGCGCUCAGAGAGAAAAUAUCACUGUCCUGGAAGCCCUGAGCACCCUUGCUGAAGAGGGCAUCCGAGUCCGUGAGCGUGUGCUUGCUGUACUUGAGGAUGAGCCAGAAUACCGUGCCAACUUCGACACAUAUGCCAAGGGCAUCACCCACUUCCACACCUCAUCUCCGCGUUAUCGCCUGAUGGGAUUGUUUGAUAAGCACUAAAAGAAGUUGAUGCUAGACGAUGAGGCUUCAGGGCAAGGCAUAGAGAGGGACAGAGUGCGGUGAAAAGUUGUUUUAUCAAAAUAGAUCGAAUGUACUAUAGACUGAUUUUAGAUUUAAG